AUGACUACUCGUCCGUCGGGAAACUCCACUAGCUUCGGAGGUGAGCGAACAUUGUCUUACAAAGACAUGGAACGACUGGUCGUGAUCUCACAAAAACUUUCGCAGCUAUCCCCUCAUCAUGCGGUUGCCCUUCGAAGGUGGUUAUUGAACAGCACUGCAAUUGCAAAGAUUUUUAUGACUGCUGUCCUUUCAGAUGAAACAAAUACCGUAAAAAUCCCUUUGAGGCCAUUCCAAGAACGUGCAUAUAAGGCUGAGCGCAUAAAGACUCUUUGGACUGUUCUGUGCUUUAUUAUAGUGGUGUGCAUUAAUCACUUUGUACUUGCUGUAAUAUCAGACAUAAUUAGCCGUAUACCCCUUCCUGAUUUGGCUCAUUCCCUUAUAGAACAGUAUGAAACUCCUAGACAUUUGUCGGAUAUUUUUGCUUCUGCUGCACUAUCAGUGCUUCUCCUGGUUGGCUUCGUCUUCCAUAAGUAUAGAUGGAUCGUUAGUCGACGCUUCUUUUACAUAGCGACAGUACUCUACAUUAUGCGCGCCAUCAGUAUCUGUCUAACUCAUAUCCCAUCUGGUUUCAGUGACAUCGAGAAUGACAUCUGUGUACCUCCAAACCAGAAUCCAAAUCCUUCGUUGGAAAGCGUUUACAACAAAUUUUUGAAUAUAAUGGGAACGAUGGGACUUCAAGUACAGGCUUUAAAGGAAAAGAUACAUUGUGGCGAUAUGUUGUUUUCCGGUCACACUACAGCAAUUUCUACCAGCUGCUUCUUUUUAAACUAUUACACUCCACAUUCAUUGUGGCCGCUGAAAUUGGCAGCUAUCACAUCCUGCAUAAUCGCGAUGAUUUGUAUGGUAGUGUCACGGAUCCACUAUUCUGUUGAUGUGGUAAUGGGUUAUUGGAUCAGCAGCAUCAUAUUCAGAACUCUAUCCUCACCUUGUAUUGCUCCAUACAAUACUCCUGCACUCAUUCACCUACCCAUUACGAUCUCGCUAGAGAGCAGACUAACUCCAUUAAUUGAUUUUUGCAGCGUUUAUCACGCUUUCUGUGAAGUCCCUCACGUUCUGCGACCUCGUACCCGACCAUUUCGAAGAUUAUUUCUCUUCUGGACGAUGUACGAGCUGGAGCGUAAUGUGCCAGAAGGAAGAAUUCCAAAUCAACUCGAAUGGCCUUUACCUUGGCCCCAAGUAUGCAUUACUUCCUUUUAUGACUUAUCAAGAGUAAAAUCAUCGCGCAAAAAUGUUAAGGUGAUCAUCGACAAAUUUGAAGAUUGGAAUCAGCAAUCGGAUAAAUCCACAACAGGACGGAUCGCUUUGUGGUUAUCCGAACACCGAAUCAAACUGCACUUCUAG